CAAUUACUUAACAACGGGGAAAGCCAAGAGCCAAGAGUUUGGCAGGAGGAUAUGGGCGUGCCUGCAUUCUACAAAUGGCUGCUGAACAAAUAUCACAACGUCGCUGUGAAAGCCCGCCAAGACACAGGAGGAACCGUAGACACCACCAAUUCUAACGCCGAUGCUCUGGUCUUUGAUAACUUGUACCUUGACUUGAAUGGGGUCAUCCACCCUUGCUUCCAUCCCGAUGAUGAUAAGCAGAUCUUGCUGACAACGUUCGAAGACGUCUUCCACAAUGUCUUUGAAUACAUUGAUCAGCUUUUCAACAUAGUCAGGCCUCGCAAGCUCUUAUACAUGGCAAUAGACGGAGUAGCCCCUCGCGCCAAAAUGAACCAACAGCGAUCGAGACGUUUCCGAGCAGCAAAAGACGCGGAAAUAAGGGAAUGCGAGGAAGACAGGUUGAGGAGGCAAUUCGAAUUGGAAGGCAAACAGGUUCUUCCAAAACGAGAAUCGGACGUGUCAGACUCCAAUCUGAUAACACCGGGCACGGAGUUCAUGCACAGACUAUCUAGAGCCCUGCAAGACUUCAUCUUUGAGAAGAUAACCCACGAUCCCUCUUGGAGGAAUAUUAUUGUGAUUCUCUCUGAUGCCAAUGUCAGUGGGGAAGGAGAACACAAGGUUAUGUCUUUCAUACGCAGGCAGAGGAGUUUGCCAGAUUAUGAUCCAAAUACUACACAUUGCUUAUAUGGGCUGGAUGCUGAUCUGAUAAUACUCGCCUUAGCAACACAUGAGCCACAUUUUUCAAUACUACGAGAGGAUGUGCUCGCCCGAGAACAGCAACCAAAAAGUGAAGCUAUACGUUUUGAGUUUCUGGACAUCGGGUUGUUGAGGGAAUAUCUUGAACACGACUUGAACAUACAAGAUCCGCCCAAAGGCUUCAAAAUUGAAUUUGAGAGAAUAAUUGAUGAUUUCAUCUUCAUGUGCUUUUUUGCGGGAAAUGAUUUCCUGCCCCACUUGCCUUCUCUGGAAAUUCGCGAGGAUGCUGUCGAUUUACUAAUCACGGUUUACAAGAAAGAGUUCAACAAAAUUGGAGGCUAUCUUGUUGAUAUGGGCAGGGUCGACGAGGGCAAAGCUGCUUUUGUGAAGUUAUCUAGAGUCGAAAAAUUCAUACUCUUGGUUGGCACGUAUGAAGAGAAAAUUUUUGCAAAGAGGGCCGAAAUUAGAGAGAGAGCAUUGAGAAGACUUCUGAGAGACUAUGAACAGUCUAAACAGGAAGAAGAGAAUGAAAGUUAUAUCACAUAUAUCGAUGAGGAAAGUAGCCCUGCAUCUGUUUCCCUCUGUAUGAAGCCAUCCGUUUCUACCGAGUCAGAAGGGCAGCAGAUUUUGCAGAACACACGGGAGUUAAAAGAAGAAUUAAAUAAAUGCAUCAAGCUCAAAUCUGAUCUCUUUAGGAGUGGAGAGUUCUCAAAUGACAAGAUAAAAUUAGGAACAAAGGGUUGGAAAGAAAGAUAUUAUAAAGUGAAGUUCUCUGUGGAAAGUGUUACUGACAUCGAAUCUAAGAGAAAAGAAAUAGUCAGUAAGUACACAGAGGGACUGUUAUGGGUACUUAAAUACUAUUAUUCCGGUGUUCCCUCGUGGUCAUGGUUUUAUCCGUACAACUAUGCACCUUUUGCUUCAGAUUUUAGAGGCAUGGCUCAGGUAAGAACAGGCUUUCAGAAAGGUGUCCCGUUGAAACCAUUUGAUCAGCUCUUAGCUGUUCUGCCCCCAAGGAGCGCUCAUGCACUGCCAAAAUCCUUCGCACAAUUAAUGGUUGACGAGCGAUCAAACAUAAUUGACUUUUAUCCUCUUGAAUUUGAAGUUGACGUGGAGGGAAAGCGGUUCGCGUGGCAGGGUGUCUGCAAACUUCCAUUGAUAGAGGAAGCGCGGCUUUUGACUGAAUCCAGAAAACUUGAGAAGGAAUUAACUGAAGAAGAAGCAAUAAGGAAUUCAGCUGGUUCAGACCGAUUAUUUGUGGCAAAUACCAGCAAGCUGGCGGCGAAAAUUAGAUCUGCCGGCCGGCAAAAUGCAGAUCGUAAAAUUGAAAUGAGCACAAGCGAUGGAAUCGGGGGCUUCAUAACUCUCUGCACUGAGAGUGUUGAGGUUAAUCCGGACGCUCGAGAAGAAUCUGCCUUAUGUGCGUAUUACGAGCUGCCUGACGGCGGUAACUAUAUUCCUCGUUUACUUCCGGGCUUGAACCUACCGGAAAAGAAAAUUUGCGAAGAUGAUAUUAUGGACACACCACUCUGGCAUGAACGCCAAUAUCACAACGGAAUGCAAAGGGCCGGGAAUGCAAACAAAUACAAAACAUGCAAAACUUAUGAAGGAAUCAGAAGCGGCUUUCAAUGCUCCUCUCGUGCUGGCGCCACUUACAAAGGUGCAGGUGUUGGAUGGAGUCCAGGUUCAGGUAGAGGCAAACAAGCCGAUACUCCAAGCAUGAUUGACACGGGACUUAUUCGGGAGACGCUAUCUCUGGGAAUUUCCCAUUCAGAGUCCUAUCAAAGUGCCAGUCGUUAUGGGACAUUGCCAUUUGCGGCAUCCAGAAACAGGUCUACGUGUCAGUCCAGCAACGCCAGUAUCUCCACAUACAAUCAUGGCUUUCAAGCUGACGAAAAACGUUUUGCUUGGGGUCGAGGCAGAGGCUCUUUUGCCUCCGAUCGCGUGAAUUCCUGGAAGUAUGUUCCUGCCAAAUCUAACGGCUCGAGAAAAGGAUUUCCGGAUCAAUCAUGAAUAUCUAGGGGGUAAAAAAAGUUGAAAUGUUUCGUGCUCUUCUAUUCACAAAUGACUGCUCUUUUGGCUUGAGUUUUGCUAUUGUAUGAUACUUUAAAGCUAUGCUCUUGAUCGGUAGAAAGCCGAACAUAAAAUUGGCAAGAAUGCUUCGUGCUUGCUAGACUUAAAGAAGCACGCUGGCAUAUAUUUAAGAGAAGUUUAGAGAAAGUAAUCUUCGCAUCUUUUUAUAUAAAUAUCUUGGUCUA